AUGGAAUACAGAUACCUUGGUAAAACAGGUUUGAAAGUUUCAAUCAUUUCAUUCGGAAAUAUGGUUAAUCACUGGGGUGAUAAACCUUAAGAGACUAAUGAUGCUAUUGUAGCUAAAUGUCUUGAGUAUGGAAUAAACUUCUUUGAUAGUGCUGAGAGUUAUGGAGGUGGUAAGGCCGAGGUUAUUCUAGGGUAAUCUUUCUAGAACUUGAAACUAAACAGAAAGGAUCUAGUAAUUUCUACAAAGCUAUUCUUUGGAGCUGGUGGCACUUUCGCUAAACCUCAUCCUAAUAAUAGAGGAUUAUCUAGAAAGAAGGUAAUUGAGGGAGCAAAAGCCUCUCUAAAGAGAAUGCAAUUAGAUUACGUGGAUAUAAUAUUUGCUCACAGGUAUGAUUUCCACACACCUUUGGAAGAGGUCUGCAGAGCUUUCUCAUGGUUGAUUGAAAAUGAGUAUGCUCUAUAUUGGGGAACUUCAGACUGGUCAGCAGAUCAAAUUUCUUAGGCUAUUACCUUGUGUGAGAGUCUUGGACUCCAUCCACCUGCAUGUGAAUAACCCAACUAUAAUAUGCUCGUCAGAGACAAGUUUGAAAAGGAAUAUGGACAAGUUUUCGCAAGAUUUUAAUAUGGUUCAACAGUAUGGUCACCUCUAGCUAUGGGAAUUCUUUCUGGAAGAUAUAAUGAUGGAACAGCCCCUGAAGCAGGUAGAUUUACUAAUGAUCCUACAUACAAAGAUACUGUGUUGAAUUAGUUCUUCUCUCCAGAGAAAAAGGAUAAGAGUAUCAAGAUUCUUUAAGACAUAAAAGCACUUGCUGAGGAAAUGGGAUAUACACAACCAGCACUCGCCAUUGCAUGGGCCUUAGUGAACAAAGAUGUUUCAACCUUGAUUCUAGGUUUUUCUAAGCUUUAAUAUGUUGAUGAAAAUUUGAAGGCUCUUGAAAUUUACAAAAAGUGGAAUAAAGAAUUGGAGGCUAAGAUUGAAGCAAUAUUGAAAAAUGCUCCGUAAUUAGACAUGGAUUUCAGAAACUUCGCCCCUCUAACCUCUAGAAGAUAAGUGAGUCUAAAUCAGAAGAUUACAGAAUGA